AUGUAUGGCAAUACGAGCCUGUGCUGCAGGACUUCAGAGAGGCGGGAUCAAGGAACUGGAGCAGCUGAGAAAGGCCUAGCUUUUGGAGGCCUCGGUCCUGCAGUGACGGGGAUCCGUGCGGCGGCGGGGACGCGGUCCCUGCACUGCGGUGCCCAGUCUGGCUCGGGCUGCCGUGGCUGGCGCGGAGGCGAUACCGCGCCCGAAGGAGGGGGGAGCGCCAGCCCCGCCGCAGCAGCAGCAGGCGGGGCCACGGCAGGCUGGAGGGGCGGCCUCUCGGAACGGGGGCGGGACCACCGCCGGCAGGGCCCGCGCCCCUGCGGGGACUCAGAGCCGCUGCAGCCACAGUCGCGAGCUGGCGGCCGGCAGGUGCCGGUACCGAGGGCCACCUGGGGCGCAGAGGCGGCACCACCCACACGGAUCCCGUGGGCACCUAGAACUCCGCGGAGGACGCGACGCUCAUUCUUCCCACCCUUAACCCCUCCACUCCGGCCAGCACCCCCGUCGGAUGAGGCACCAGGGAGAGAAAGACCAAGGCCUUUUCGGCGCCCCCUCCACCCUGCCCCCGCGAUCCCUCGCCGGACCGGGGGCCUCCGGGGGGAUUCGGGCCCUUUAAACCUCCGCCUUCCCAAAGCAUCUUCCAUCUCCAUCCGCGCCGCUUCCGACAGCUGGCGGCCGCGGGGAGCCCCGGGGGGCCGACAGGUACGGGGGUGGCUGCGAGGUUGGGAGUGGGCGGUGGAACAGCUGUGA